AUGAGACGUCCUCCUACUGUCAUUUUGUUGGAGGAGGAGGAGGAGCUUUAUUCUUCUCUUCAGCGCAUCUUCUUGAAUGAGCUACAAGCCCAAUUUGACCGACUCUAUAUCAAUGAACAGAACAAGCGCCACCAUGUUGACCCUCCCAUUGAAUCUGACCUUGAUGCUUCGGGCGACUCUGACCGAUUGAUUGAUUUCAGAGAUUUAACUGGAGGUUCAUUUUGUGCUGGAAAUCUUCGGUCUUAUUCUGAUGCCCGAAUUGAGUCAAACGAUUCAAUUGCUCAAUCCAGUGCUCAAUCCACCUCUUACAGAGCUGACUCGACCCAUCAAGACGUGGACUCUCGUCAUGUCCCCACCCGUCGUCGACAGACUGCCUCUUUACUAGCAUCGCGGCAUCAAACCCCUCCAUAUUCCGAGCGUCCACGCCGCCAUAGGGUCACAUGGGCCACUGAAUCACCAAAUUCUCGGGGGGCAAGUCCCCGCUAUUCGGUGCAGCAGACAAGUCAAGGUGAUUUCCAGCAGGUUGACAGCUUGGCCUCACUAUCAAAUCGUUGA